AUGGCCUUCAAUGUCAGCGAUGCCGUCAAGAACCAAGAGAGUCUUGUUGAUGUCGGGGGAACCAAAUUAAAGAACACAUGGGAGCUGACUGCAAAAGAAUUAGCGAAGAUCGAGGUGGUCUGGAAUGGUUUCUUAAGGAAGAUGGUGAAAGGUGGAUAUAAGCGACAAAGUGAUGAGGAUGUGGAUCGUCCUGCUGCUCCUGUCAAUGUCUCUGUCACUCACCUGAGAGCAAACUCAGCCACCAUAUCCUGGAACGUCCCAGAGGGGGAGGCUGUAAUUGGCUACGCCAUCUCCCAGCAGAGACAAGAUGGCCUCAUGCAGCGGUUCAUCAGGGAAAUUAACACCACCAGUCGUGCUUGUGUGCUAUGGGACCUAGAUGAAAACACAGAUUAUAUUAUUCAGGUCCAGUCUAUCGGGUUGCAUGGGGAGAGCCAAACCAGCAAGAGGGUUCAUUUUCGAACCCUUGAAAAAUCAGACCACUUCCAGUCUAACAUGGUGGCUCAAGGUGACCCCUCAGUAGAAGGUCUUGAUAUUUCCAGGCACCUUCAGACUGGAGAGAUGUUAAUCAUUACGACUGUGCUCCUAAUGUGGGCAGCGGUGAUUGCUCUCUUCUGUAGGCAGUACGAGAUCAUCAAAGACAAUGACUCAAACAACCACAGUAAGGAGAAGACCAAACCCCUCUCUGUGCACAGUACUCCAGAUUACCAUAAUGGAGGGCUUCUCGGGAACAAGAGGACACCAUCAGCAGUUAGCAUCAUUAAGGUCUGA